AUGGAUUCCUGCGCGCACCGCACUGGACAUAUUACGCACAAGACCCGACCCCGCAAAGCGCAAGGUGACAGUCAGAUGCCCAACGCGCCUUCACUCAGCCCCGACGCACUGACUGAACUACCCCUUCCCUCUCGGCUACACGUCCAGUGUGAUGAACUACCUUGCAAAAAGUCAGAAAAAAAUGCAGGUCUUGCUCCUUUUAAAACGUCUACAUUGUCCACGUCCUCAAGAAUUGAUCUAAUUAAACCGUUGCACUCGUCAUCAUCGCCGAAGCAUUGCCAACGUUUCUGAGAGAAGGCUGGAGAUGUAGGACCACAUGACUUAUUGGGGCUGGGAUGGGAUGGGAGUCAUAGGAUUUCACUUCUCCUAUUGGUCCGGGGGCGAACUCUUGACACGCAGACAAAGGAACCUCCUGCCAUAUAAAUAGGACUGAUUAGUCUUUAUUAUUCUAGCAUCACGGCAGCAGGUUUCCAAGCUUGGAGUUACUCUAGUCACCACAACUGUAUGCCUGCUUGAAGUAGUUAAAACAGGGCACUGCAGCACAAGGAGUCUGCAUGUCUGCUUAGACAUGCUCAGCUUUGUGGAUAACCGGAUUCUGUUGCUGCUUGCAGUAACUUCAUUGCUAGCAUCAUGCCAAUGUAAGUUUGAUAUCUGCUUUCAGUGUUUUACCGAGGAUUUUUGGUCCCGUUUUAAGAGUUCGGGAGGACUCUUAUGCUUGGGUUUUUAUUUGGAACUUACUUGGAAAUCAACCCGAGGACAGCUAAAAGUUAUUUUGAGGGCUUCCCUCUGGCUAUCCCGUAUAAAACCGAACGGAUCCUGGUCAUUUCGGUGGAUUCUUCAUUAUUUUUCCGUGGAUACAAUUGCCAAUUUGAUUAGUCUCAGAGAGAGAGAGAAACGCCCUGAUCAAAAAAAGUUAUCACAGCCUUGAAGGAAUUGUUUAAAGUUGUUAAUGUAGUGACUUUGAAUAGAUUUUAGCCCAGUGGAACUACCACCAUUUAGACUACAAAUUGAAUUUAUCUUUAAAAGUUUGGGGCAUUGUACAUACUUUUCCAGGAGUCCAGCGAAUUAACUUUUAUUAUAGGGAAUUGAAAGGUCGCCCCCUAGUGGUCAUAUUGAACAGGAUACCUUUUGGCAUCAACCCUCUUCGAUGUCUUUUCUGUAGAAAUAUAUACAGAUCUUUACAAAUGUAUAUAUUUUCGAUCCCAGAAUUAUUUCUACAUAUUAUUGAUGUUACUUAGCGCAAUGUAUGGCUUAUUUUCUGGGCCUUGUGGAAGAAAAGGUAUUGUGUAGUUAGGGUUAGGGCUAUUUCGUUAAAAUGAAGUUAUUAUCAAUAUUAUAAGAAUAUAAGUCAUUAGUUUAAAGCAAUAAACACGACAUGUGAGUUAUAUUUACAAGUAAUAUAAGUUAAAACAAUAUUUUCCAUGAUUAUAUUAUUUUUAGUGUCCAAAGGCGUCACCUAGUGGUGAGGGCCUGACGCCGCAGUAUUUCAGAGGAGGUGCAAUGCCGCUCCAUCAUAAGCAGAGCAGGACCAAAUGUAGAACAAUAACCAGUUGUUAUGUCACAUCAAAUUGAGGACACCACUGAGGCUUGUACAGGAAAAGCUUAGGUCAUGAUUGGUCAUCACCAGCAACAUAAGAUGAUAGUUCUUCAAAACUAUUAAGAAUGGUUCUUGAAUUAAAUCUUUAUUCAACUAAUUUAGUCAUUUAGACCAAAUUGAACUCCUCAAAAUGAAGUUGCCUUUUAUAGGAUAGAAUUGGGAAGGAUGGAAUGAAACAGAAUAGGAUAGCAUAGGACAGGAUAUAAUUUGCUCAGGUAUUAUCAAAACACUUCUCACUUGAGUUAUAGUUGUGCAUCCACAUAACUAAUAACACAAUACUUAUUUCUGGUCUCCUCUCCACCACAAUGCCAAGUUGUUGUCCUUAUGGGAUGUGGGAGUACAGGCCUGUAAUCACCUGACUGCUGGCUCAUUAGCUAGUGUUUGAUUCACACUGAAAUGAACAUUCAGUGGGAUGUUGUAAACAAUGCAGAAGAUUAUAAUGGUUUUUAGACAUGUUUGAAGAUGUUUUAUUUUCCUGAGAGACAACUGCUGCUUAACUGUAGAAACUAGUUUAUUAGCAGUAUGUGUAUUUAGCCAAUGAUUACAGAGGUAUAGGCCCUGAAGAAAACCUCAGGCCUUCUGAAACCCAAAUGUGUUGACAAACUCUAUUAGCAGAUUUAUAUGGCCAGCUUGGAUAUCACUUUCACUUUUAAAUGGUUUUGUUUGUUUUUGUCAGAUAGGAUUUUAGAUGCUUAUAAUGCUAAUCUUUAUUCAUCUAUUUAUAAUGUUGUAUGUAGGCUAGGGCAUGUUCCCUUUCAUCUCAGUGAUUCAAUCAAUUUCUGUCUAUAUUAUAGAAUCAUAGAAUACAUAACAGUAAUUUGCUCUAAAAGAAAUGAAAAGGGCCAUUUGAGUUGAACAAAUGGUUGGAAUAUAACGAUUAUACUUCAAAUUUCAGACAUUUGAUUUCCUAAAGUUAUCAUGUUCUAACUGAGUAUCCCUUUUUCCCUCUCCUCCUCUUCCUCCUCCCCUCCUCCUCUUCUUCCUCCUUAUUGCAACAUCACAGCGGUUAGUACAUGUGCAUGAUAUUAUCUAUCAAACAGCUUUAAGAAGAUAUUUUACCUUUUGCAUCUUGUCUGUUCGCUCAAAAUUCCAGCUGAUAUUCGUUGAAAAGACCCCUCUGUCGACAAUUUGAGCGAUCUCAACUAUAGCAGACUAUUUCAGUUUUAGUUUAGGCUACCCCUUUUUUCUUCACUUUCUGCCAAUGAAUAGGUGAGGGUCCUAUUGGUCAGGAGUAGUGUCAGUGAAAGUUAAAACCGCCCGUUCUGGUGCUGGUUUACCCAUGGGGCCGCUGGGCACAAGAGGUCCUUUAAUAGGAUCAGGAAGAGGUUUGAAAGCUAAACAUGGCAGAGACAUUCCAGGCCCAUAUUCACUAAGUCUCAGAGUAGUGCUGAGCUAGGAUCAGUUUAGCCUUUUAGAUCAUAAUUAAUAAUAUUAUGUGGAAAGUGGAGACCUGAUCCUAGAUCAGCACUCCUACUAUGAUAAUUGUUUUGAUACAUAGGCCCUCGAUUUGGAAUGGACGAUGGUCAUGUCUAUUUUAUCAGACAUUUUUUACAGUAUGAAGGAAGUUUGGCCUGUUCAGAAUUGUCUGGUAUAGUUGAGAUUGCUACAAUUGCUCUCAGCAGUUAAAUUGGCAUUCUGAUGUUUUAAAGGGGCAGUGGAUCUAUAAGGUGAAGUGAUUAUGAUAGAUUAUGAUUAAUUGAUUGAUUGAUUGACUGAUUGGCCUAUACCCCUGCAUAGCCUACUGCCAUGCAACAUCAAUCUGGAGUUGGCAUUCAGCCAGUUAACCAGCUCCAUAGUGAUCCUUUAAACAUCUCUCUGCAAUUGUGAAUAAUAUCAACUUAGAUCUGUAUGUGAUGUUAUGUGUUUGAUAUUUGCUGUAGUUAUCUGCACGAGCAUGUGGCUUAAAAUAUACAUGUAUGCAUGCAAUAAUGUUUUAUGACACUGGCAACUAAUAUGCUUUUUUGGCAAAUAAGAGAGAUGAGAAAAGCUGAUAUACAGUUGAUAUAGCCUACACGUUGAAUGACAUAAGAAAUGUGGUGGGAAAGACUGAAUAAAUAAAUCUUACAUUUAUUUAUCUUCUUUUAGGGGGGACUCAAGGUGAGCAAACAAGUUCUUAUGUGUCAUUUACUAGUAUAGAAAAGUGUGACAUAUCUUAACUUUGAGGCUCAGGCUAACUCAAAGAUCAAAGAUCAAAUGUUGAGGCCUAGUCAGCAUGCACUGUUGACUCAUACAGUCAAGUUAAUGUGUGGAUAUGCUUGUCCUUAAACCGUAUGGUCAAGUUUGUUUAUGUACACAUUACGUACAUAUACGUACACAUUAUGACACAUAGCAGACUACCUUCAAAUGCUAUAACUCUAUUAACAUUGAUGCAAUCAUUAAUUUGAGAUUAGGGUCUAUGACCUGCUUUGCUAGAGGCACUGAUAAGCUUUUAAAACGUUUGUCUUGUAUGUUUGUCUGAUUGAGAUAUUUUCCCACCAUAGGGCCCAAGAGGAGAGAAGGGGCCUCGAGGUAACAGGGUAAGCAAAGAAAACCCAGCUGUUUUGUAUGAACUUUAAAAGGCUUUGCCAUUUUCCUUGUUCAAUAAUUAUUGUAAUUUUCGUUUGCUGUAUAGAGGUUGUAUGUUAGGUGUCUCCGAGUCACUACGCUUGUUUAAAUGCACAUUUCUGAGAGGGCUACAUGACAUACUUUGACCCUGUGUGGCCACAACCCUUGUUGUCAUGGCACAGAGGCCUACAUCCUUGAUAUUGACAACAAUAUUAUUCGAUGUAUUUUUACCCAGAUAUAUUAUAAACAUAUUAGCAAUGACAUAUUAUUUUAAAUCAAUUAUACAUCAUUAUGUAAAUCAUAAUCAUUUUGUAAUAAUUGUGCUUAUGUAAUAUGUUUUCCCAUUUGUCUAUAGUGUACAGUAGAGCUCUUACAGUAUGUCACAGGACAGUGCAACUUUGGGACAAUCACACCAGAAAACAAAACAGAAAUAGAAAGUCAUCAUAAACAACAUCAACAACAACAGAGGAUGAAAAACAUUUCCAGCGGAAUUACAUUAUAAAUAUGUAUAGAAUAUAAAGUAUCUUAUCUUUAAAAAUGUGUAUUUCUCUGUCUCUGUCUCUGUCUCUGUCUCUGUCUCUGUCUCUGUCUCUGUCUCUGUCUCUGUCUCUGUCUCUGUCUCUGUCUCUGUCUCUGUCUCUGUCUCUGUCUCUCUCUCUCUCUCUCUCUCUCUGUCUGAUAGGGUCCCCAAGGUCCUAAUGGAAGAGAUGGUAAACCUGGACUCCCCGGCGUUGCCGGCCCCCCUGGUCCCCCUGGACUUGGAGGAGUAAGUUCACCUAUAUAAUUAUUUUCACCACAAACAUUUCCCUAAUUUUCUCUAAAUGACAGCUCUGUUACUCUGAAAAUCUCCCUAAUUUUUCCACUCUACAAAUGUCUGACAGUUCUGUAACUCAGAAAAUUACUGGCCUUAAUUUUUCUCUCAGAAGAUGGCAGACAUUUUUCACCCAACAACACCCAUCUGCUCUGGUGUGUUACCAGGUCACGGUGUGUUCCGGGGCAUGGUGUGUUCCAGGGCAUGGCACUUGGUUCCUCUUUCAAAUCAGCCAUAUUAAAAGUGUUCAAAGUAUGCCUUACUCACUAGGGAUGGUUCAAUUUGGAUGGUCUUGACCCCAUGACCUCAUACCCUGAUGACCUCAUACCCUGUUGACCUUUGACCCUGUGGCCUAUGACCAUUUGACCCCACGAUGACCCUGUGACACAGUAAAACAUAAACAUGGCUGCCAGUGUUGUUGUUACAUAGUUACUACCAUGUUAUUAAACACAACAUGGUGAUUGUACGUUUAUAUUCUGUUUAUAUUCUGAGAUUAUUUAGUUUUAGACCAAAAAUACAUUUUCAAUACUGAGACAAUUUGUAAAUAUUGUUCAGUAUGCUUCAUCAUGGUUGACACUAAGGACUACUACUCUCAUGUCUCAAGACCCUCAACCGAACAUCUGGGAUUAACAAAUGGAAUUUAUGACUACUAUGCGAUUAUUAUUUGUCACAAUACAUGUAUAUUAUCAUAAUUACCUAAACAUGGCUUUUAUUAAUUGUUCAUUUAUGUGCUAAUGAUUUGUGUCCCUUUUUUUCUUUUGCCAGAACUUUGCUGCUCAGUUUGAUGGAGGAAAGGGCAGCGACCCCGGACCUGGACCAAUGGUGAGGCCCCCAAACACAAGAGGGAGAGGGGGACCAUGAAUUUAUCCCAAAUGAAACCCUCGCCCCUAACCCCUUGGCCCUAUCCCGUAGCCACCACCUACAUGACACUAGCCCCUGGCUCUGUCCCUACUUAGCCCAUAAACUUGGCACUAGUCCUUGCUUAGCCCCUGGCCCCUAGGCACUUGUGUGGAUCUGAUAAGAUGGAUGUAAGCAAGCAAUGUCGUGAAAAUUCCAUCUGGCCUAUGAGAGGGCAAGAUAGAGUUAUAACUGUAAGGCUUCUACCUAUUCAUAAUCUUCUCAGUGCCUAUGGGUCUAUAUUGGAAUUCAGCCAGAAACAAAGUUGUGAAAUAGAUCAUUGUAGAUCAUGCACUGUUACGACACUGAUCAUAACCUCUUCAUCGUCCAGCAUGGAGCAGCUGUCAGAAUAUUACACCAAACUCUGGACAUGAUAGGUGCACUGCAGUUAUUACUUCAUCUGUUGCUGUGACCCCUCUCUACUCUGUAGAGAGAUACAUGAAGAUACAUAGCUAAGUGUUUACCAAUAGAAUACCAAUUCAGUACACAUGAAUGAUUGUAUUCUCUUCAAAUUGUAUUCCCCUUCAUCCCAAAUCAUUGAAGGUUUCAAUUCGGAUAAGAUCUCAUACAUUUCUCGGUUUUAUAGGCAUGCAUUCUCCAAUUUUAUGAAAAACUUUUUGGGUUGCCAUAUUUCCAAUUGCAUUCCCCCCUACACUGAUUUAUAUCUAAAUUGGAUGUGCACUUUCAUUGAACAGUAUUGAGAUGAUGUAGAUGCUUUUGUUUGAUCUGAUUUGAAUCUGAUUUGUCUUUCUCUCCUCAGGGUUUAAUGGGAUCUAGAGGACCCAACGGACCUCCCGGAUCCCCUGUAAGUAGUUCACUAAUGGAAAAUGUCAAAUGACUCAAUGUUGUGUCUUUCUCUCAUAUAAACUCAACACAAAGGCCAGGAGGUCUUCCUGACUAAGUGACCUGAUCAGAAAAAAAGCCCACUGGCCGUAGUACAGCCCCUGUUUUCCCUGGUCAGAUCACAUGGUCAGGAUGGAAUAACUCCUGGUUCUCCUCAUUACACCUAACUGAUCACAUUGUUUUAUUUCAUUGUCUCAUUUGGACAAAAUGACUCCCUGUCAUGUCGUUUUCCCAUCAACAGGGACCUCAAGGAUUCACAGGACACGCAGGAGAGCCUGGAGAACCUGGACAGACUGUAAGAAAACUCUCUCAUGGAAACUCUAACCUGAGCUGGCACACCUGAUUCCAUUAGUCAACUAAUCAUCAAGCCUUUGACUAAUUAACACUACUACAUACACAGAAAGGCAACCUAGAACUUAGAACCUGGAAUUUAGAAUUUGACUGUGACCUUAACCCUGAACCCUGACCUCUGACCUGUGACCUCUCUCUCUCAUCCAAGGGCUCCGUUGGUCCUCGUGGACCCACUGGAGCCGCUGGCAAGCCCGGUGAGGAUGUAAGUAAACAGUUAAAACCAUCUGUGUUAUUUUGGUCUAACAUUUGAAAUAAUUAACUGUGGUACUACUUGCUUAAUGGGGCGAUAAGUGAAUGUGGAAAAUACUACAGACAAAUGCUUUCAUGAUACAGUAGACAGUAGACACAUCUAAUGCAGCUUGUCUGUUCAAUUGUAGGGUAACAACGGCAGACCUGGCAAGCCUGGUGACAGAGGUGGCCCCGGAACUCAGGUAAGGGCCAUGUCCAGAGCUGACAGAUUUCUUAACUAAAUAUACAUUUUACACUAAAUAUGCAUGAACCCACUAAGUGUUAUCAUGUAAAACAUGCAGACACAGAUACACACACACACUGUUUUUCUAACCUCUUCUCUCGCUCCUCUGUAGGGUGCUCGUGGAUUCCCUGGAACUCCUGGACUUCCUGGAAUGAAGGGACACAGAGUGAGUAUUGACAUAAAUACCUGCCUGGCCAUGCCACUCCUAAUGUCCUCCCAACGCCUUCAGGAGGGUGCAAUGCUCUGAAGGUUACAGAUAGAGGUGACUUAUAUAGAGCUGGCAUGAUUCCCUAUUCCACAUGCCAGAGAAGCAUGUAUGUUCUAUGUAAUACAUUUCUAUCUGGAUGUUCUGUAACGUUGCACCCCAACGGAAUGUGACCCUGUCAUGUUCUGGAAAGAUGUAUCUCGUGGUAUCUCACAUCCCACAUAUCUCCUCCUGCUUCCUCUUGCACACAUAUCCCUCAUUUCAAAUGACACCCUAUUCCCUAUUUACAACACUACUUCUGACCUAUGUGGCUUUGGUCAAGUGCACUAUGAAGGGAAUAGCAUGUAAUAUGAAGGUAAAACUGUGGUGAUUAUGGGAAAUUAGGAGGAGUUGUAUCCCAUGAAACUGAGCGAAAAUGCAUCCCAUAUCAUAUAGAAUGCAAGAAGCAGACAUCUCUAGAUAAUGCUCAAAUAAAAAAUUCCCUCACCAGAUAAUCAAUAUGAUCUGAAUGAUAAGGGAAAAAAAUAUCAUUUGAUAUAAAUGUUGUAGUUUUAAUUGAUUUUAGACUAUAAUAAUUGUGUAUUGUCUCAGGAUGCUAACCUGUUCUCAUUGUGCUCCAGGGUUACAAUGGUCUGGAUGGACGCAAGGGAGAGCCUGGUACCGCUGGUGCUAAGGUAACAUUGCAGCUACAUCUUCCUCAAUCACAAUUUAUUCUCUUACCGCUGGCAAAUCUAACAGAUUUCACAAGAGGCCUAAUACAGGGGUGUAACAGAGAUUUAGCUUUCAUCUUUGUGGGCUGGUUUCCCAGACACAGAUUAGGCCUAGUCCUGGACUGAAAAACACUUUGAAUGGAGAGAUCCAUUGUGCAAGCUUUUUACUCCACGUAUAGGAUUAAUCUGGGUCCAGAAAACAGGCCCUGUAACACCUAAAUGUAAAGUGAGUUUCACAUACAGUAGCACAUUUUAGUGCACAUUUAGUCGCAAUCACUCUACAUUGAUAGCAGUUACUCAAAUGUCAGUGUUUGUUUUACCACUAACAUACGUAGUACUACAUAUUUUUUCUAAAUCUCAGAGAAUACAUUUUUUAUGACACUCAUGCUUAUCAAUCUAGAUAUGUCCCAGUGUUCAAACUCAUCAUAACUUUCUACCUCCCAUGAGUGCCUGUCAUCUGAAUAUGUGUUCUUCUGCUUCUCCCAUAGGGUGAGACUGGUGCCCAUGGAGCUAACGGAACACCCGGAGCAGCUGUGAGUUCACACAUUACUUCACCCUUGUCUUUUACCUCAUAUUGGGAAGUGUCAACGACAGCAUGUUGUCAGGUGCCAGGCAAGGCAUAUGCGCAUGUAUCACUAAUGAAACAUAAAGUCUGAAUGUUCCUCACGUUGAUUCUUUACCAUUUGUCACAUUCAAAAUACAUUGCAUUCACAUAGCUGAGAUGAGGACAUACAUUUUUUGUACAACCAGUAAUAGAUUAUAUACAACACAUACUCACUACAUACACACACUUGACAAAAUCCCAGUGCACUUGUCCUAUACUCUCUCUCUCUCUCUCUCUCUCUCUCUCUCUCUCUCUCUCUCUCUCUCUCUCUCUCUCUCUCUCUCUCUCUCUCUCUCUCUCUCUCUCUCUCUCUCAAUCUCUCAAUCUCUCUCCCUCUCUCUCUUCCCCACCCCAGGGUUCUCGUGGUCUGAAUGGUGAGAGAGGGCGUGCCGGCCCUGCUGGACCAGCUGGUGCCCGUGGUGCUGAUGGAAGCUCUGGACCCGCCGGCCCUGCUGUGAGUCCGGCUCCCCCUUUGACCCAAUAACCUCUGAUCCCUUAACCUAAUGGAUCACAUACAUCUGACCCCUCUGUAGUGUAAUAUAAUGAUAGAAGUCACUGUACCUUUAGGCCCAGAUCUGAUCUAGGAUCAGCGUAUCCCUCCCCUAAUCCUAACCUAAAUCAUUAAAGGUGGAAAUGCUAAAACUGAAAUUAGAUCGUCCGCUUCUAGGGGUAGCUUCAUCUAACAACCCUUUACUGUAACCCUUGACCUCUAUUUCACUAUGUCCUCUCUCUAUUUCCUGUUUCCCAGGGUCCUCUUGGAGCAGCUGGCCCCCCUGGUUUCCCUGGUGCCCCUGGCCCCAAGGUGAGUGUGAUGUCAUCAUGGUCAUCUCCAGAGCAUUUCUUCAUGAUCACAAUCCUUAGUAUAUCAUCCUUGGAAUAUCACCGGUAGAAUGUCAUCUGUAGAAUAUCAUCUGUAGAAUGUCAUGGACAUUAUUAGUGUGGACACCAAGGAAGAUUCCCAGAUUCCCAGUUCUGGGAACUGUAGAGGCACAUCUAAGGAGCUUUCUCCACACCCAAAACAUCAUGACUCUCUAAUUGGUUAUCACUAUCCGAUAAUCUGAUUGGUUUACUGUCUAAAGGGACCAAUCACAUUGACCAAACAAAUGAUUCCAUACAUAGUAUUCCCAUGAAGAUCUAUAUACCAUAAAACAUCUAUAUAACAUCUAUAUAGCAUCAUAAAACAGCCCACUACCCAUCUGACUGGAUAGUGUGACUCAGACAGCAUGUUCCUGUUCUGUAACAGGGAGAGAUUGGAGCUGCUGGAUCCACUGGCCCAUCCGGACCUCAGGGAGGCAGAGGAGAGCCCGGUAUCAAUGGAGCCGUUGGCCCUGUCGGUCCCAAUGUAAGUAGACACAGAUACCAACAAACCACAACAUUCUCACAGUGUGAAACAUGUCGCAUUGAAGGCUCUCUCUUGUUUUCUGGUUAUCUUUUCCUGAUGUACUGUAUGUACCGUCAUUAUUUUGCAUCAUGCAUCAUGGUUUCUUGUUGCCUUGGCACCUCUACACACUUGUUUGUAACACACUCUUUCAUUUUCCUCUCCUUGUAGGGUAACCCUGGUAACAACGGUAUCAACGGCGCCAAGGGAGCUGCUGUAAGUAUUCUGGCCAUAGUUGCAUUGUGGGUAGACUAGAUUGACAGCUCAAAGGUUAUUUAGGGCCAGACAAAUGUCAAGAUGUAAAAUCUUUUCACUUGAUCCUUGAACUUGUGUAGGUAUGAUAUGAGUUAUGAAUGUAGCACAACAGCAAAUAGCACUCAAAUAGCAUCAACAAUGAAUCACUUUAGCUUUAGAAUUCAUGAUAUACAGAACUUAAUUCAGUUGUUCCCACAUUACAUACAUGUGAUAUUAGCCAUAAAUAACUGUUGUAGUGAAACCACUGGAUAUUGGGUAAUGUGAUAAGGUAAUGUUAUGGUAAAAUUUAUGCAGUAGGUGCUUCAGCUGUCUCCUCACUCACCAUUUCUUCCAUCCUGUGUGUGUGUGUGUUCUAGGGUCUCCCCGGUGUUGCUGGAGCCCCUGGUUUCCCAGGCGCAAGAGGAGGUCCCGGCCCCCAGGGCCCCCAAGGAUCCACUGGCGCUAGAGGCCUUGGUGUGAGUACCGCUGGACCUAAAAACCAAUGCAACAACACAACUUUAUUCACAGAACAUUUACUUUAUUCACACAAUCUGUAUGAAUAUUGAGGUAUUGAUCAUGUAUCUGUGUCUCUUUGACUGCAGGGUGACCCUGGACCCUCUGGACAAAAGGGAGAUUCUGGUGCUAAGGGAGAGCCUGUAAGUAUCCAUGCUACUGCUGUUUAGCAGUAUAGUUGUGCUGUAUCAUUAUGCCAGUACAUGGUGUGUGUUUGUGUCAGUCUCUAAUGUCUCUGGUUUCUCCUUCAGGGUCACUCUGGUGUCCAGGGUGCCGCUGGUCCCGCUGGUGAGGAGGGCAAGAGAGGCUCAACUGGCGAGGCUGGUGCAACCGGGCCCGCUGGUCUGCGUGGAGCAAGAGUGAGUAUAUCAUACCAGACCCAGUCUGGGGGUAUAUUUCUUGGUGUGUUUUGCUAUAAGGUGCAGAUGAGUGGUUAUGGUUGAAUCAUGUCUCUGUGUGUUUGUCUCAUAGGGAGGUGCUGGAACUCGUGGUCUGCCUGGUCUGGAGGGAAGAGGUGGUCCCAUUGUAAGUCACCAAAAAUAUGAUUUACCAUGACGAUUGUUCAUAGGCAGAAAGAAAAUAGUGACUUUUACCUUGUAAGAUAGUGACUGUUCUGUACUCAUGGCUUGCUCUUCCUUCCUCCUCUCUCUGCCAGGGUAUGCCCGGUGCUCGUGGAGCCACCGGCCCUGGUGGUAUCCGUGGACCCCCUGGUGAUGCCGGUCGUGCUGGCGAGUCUGGUCUGACUGGAGCCAGAGUAAGUGUCACACGCACCUGUCAAUCAAAAUAUUUUAAUCAGAUGUGUAAUGGAUUCUCUGAUUGUCUAGUCUCUGAACCAAAUAUAGCAUGUGUUCUCUAGCUGUGAUGCUGAAUGACUAACACGUUCUGUCUGUUUAUAGGGCCUCCCCGGAAACUCUGGACAGGGUGGACCCCAAGGCAAAGAAGGCGCAGCUGUAAGUGAUGAAACACAUCAUCUCCAAUAUUGAUCCUUUCAAACGCUCUACAUCAUAAAAAAUAGUAUACAAUAAAACUGGUGGCCAUCAUAAUGGAUUGGUUCAAAGCGCUUCCAUUGUGUUGGUAGUACGGUUACAUUAACCCAUCCCAUCCACCACCAAUGUUAACACCCACCUGGUGGUGUUGUGCCAUAUCUGAUCCCCAUUGUGUUGUGUGUGUCCUCUUCCAGGGUGCUGCUGGUCUGGAUGGCCGCACUGGUCCCCCCGGCCCAACUGGACCAAGAGGCCAGCCCGGUAACAUCGGAUUCCCCGGCCCCAAGGGACCUGGAGUAAGUAGAAACAGGAAGUAGAACCAGGAAGUAAAACCAGGAAGGAGAUCUGCUAGAGGAUGACCUGAUAGCAUGAGAUUGGACCGUGAGAGAGACAGCUGGGGUCUUGUUGCAAUUUGCUAUGGACAGAUUAUGAUCAAAAGAGUAAAAAGGAAGUGAUAUUGAAGGAUCAAAUAUGGACAGAAUGUGAUUUUAUCUUGAUGAUGGUCUGUCCAUCAACAUGAAAUUAUGAUCAUCUGACGUUUCCAUGGUCUCUUCUUCCUUCUCUCCCUCCAGGGUGAGGCUGGCAAGGGUGGUGAUAAGGGACCUACUGGUGCAACUGGUCUGAGAGUAAGUACCCCCGCAUCAGACAACAUUCAUUACAUGAUCAACUCUCUACUGUUAAAGGAAAUUAAUUUACUAUUAUGGUAGAUAUCUCUCCAAUUGGCAGUUGGUAAAGCUGAGUAUCCUGAAUCUGUGACCUCGUAUGACUGACAGGACAGAGCCAAACAGUCAAAACAAAUGUAUUAAUUACUCUAGACGUAUAGUCAUUCAUUACAAUAGAGUUGUGUUUCCUCAAAUCAUGAGUUCCAGGAUAAACUCGGACAGAACUAUCAUGGAUCGUUGAUCAUUCACCUACCUCUCUCUCCCUGUCUCUGCUUAGGGCAGCCCCGGUGCCGAUGGCAACAAUGGAGCCACCGGCCCGGCUGGAGUUGUUGUAAGUAGUCUACCCUAUUUCCUUUAAAUACACACAUGUAAUAACUAGAAUCUUAUCUUACAGUGAACUGUAUUUGAUUUGAUUGAACUUGAUGCUCUCCUCUUCUACAGGGAAACACUGGUGAGAAGGGAGAGCAGGGACCCUCUGGUGCUCCUGGUUUCCAGGGUCUGCCCGGCCCCGCUGGACCUGCUGGUGAGGCUGGCAAAGCUGGCAACCAUGUGAGUAACCAAACCUUAAACCUUUGACCUGUAACACAAACCCAGUGUACAUCCACAAACCUAGAACCUUGACCUGUAACACAAACCCAGUGUACAUCCACAAACCUUGACCUGUAACACAAACCCAGUGUACAUCCACAAACCUAGAACCUUGACCUGUAACACAAACCCAGUGUACAUCCACAAACCUAGAACCUUGACCUGUAACACAAACCCAUUGUACAUCCACAAACCUAGAACCUUGACCUGUAACACAAACCCAGUGUACAUCCACAAACCUAGAACCUUGACCUGUAACACAAACCCAGUGUACAUACACAAACCUAGAACCUUGACCUGUAACACAAACCCAGUGUACAUCCACAAACCUAGAACCUUGACCUGUAACACAAACCCAGUGUACAUACACAAACCUAGAACCUUGACCUGUAACACAAACCCAGUGUACAUCCACAAACCUAGAACAAACCUACAUCCGCAAAGCCAUAACAAACCAACAUUUUCCCAAAAACACUAACUGCAAAAUAUAUUUUUGUUCAUAGAAAUGUUACCUCUUACUGUUCAUUUCAGUAUAUUUUAUUUUAAUAGUAUUCUCACUAUGUAAUAUUUUGCACUAACAAAGUAUUGCUUUGUAAUAUUUUGCACUAACAAAGCAUUAAUCUCUCAACAGGGUAUGCCUGGAGACCAGGGACUCCCAGGACCCGCUGGUGUCAAGGUAUGUCCACUCACGAAUCCCUCUCACAGAACAUUAAGUAUGAUCUUCUGACAGCUGGUCAACCAUACACAUGUUGCUGUUCACCCAUUUACCUGUACUCUUAAGUAGGACGAAGGCCCUAUAUAGGCCUUAACUAGACCCUAUCUUUAUAUACAUCUCACAUCCACACACCUGUAAUGUAUACAUACUGUGGUGUGCCCAUGACAGAGCCCUGGUGCUGACAGUCACCCUCUCUCUCUAUCUGUUCCUAGGGAGAGCGUGGAAACCCCGGUCCUGCUGGCUCUGCCGGAUCUCAGGGAGCCAUUGGUGCUCGUGGACCCGCUGGAACUCCUGGCCCCGAUGGUGGCAAGGUGAGCACAGCUCUAUGAAGGGCUUUGAACCAUAUUAUCGUUAUAAACAAGGCCCAGAGUUUUUCCUGGUCACCUGGUCAGGUCAUGUGGUCUGGAAAUCCUCCUGGCCCUACAGUAGGUAUAACCAAAAUAUAUGAGCGAUAGAUCUGAUAGUACUGGUGUAUUCUGUAUGAGAAAUACACCACUGUUCAUUUAAGCACUGUAAUCAGAUGAAGCUCUUAACCACUCAUGGGCUUGCUCCAUGAGUUGGAUAGCUUAUAGGUGGAACCAUUCUUCACCAAUGUCUCUGUUUCAGGGAGAGCCUGGUUCUGUCGGCAUUGCUGGUGCCGCCGGACACCAAGGACCCGGUGGUAUGCCCGGUGAGCGCGGUGCCAGUGGUACUUCUGGACCCAAGGGUGAGAAGGUAAGUCCCCCCAGAAUAUGCCGCCUGUAAACAUAUAAAAAAGUUCAAUUUCACAAGAAAAACUGAAAUCAUGUGAAAGUUGCAUAAACACUGUAAUUGAUGUCAGUGAUCAUUUCUGAUAUGCUGAUGUGAAAUGCAGUGCUUGGUAAAGUUGUCCUACAGUACAAACAUUGGGAGAAUGUGAAAUACUGAUAGAUUUGAUCAGAUAGACCUAGACUAAAAACAACUGUAUAUAAUGGCUAUUUUAAAUGAGUGACUGUAACAUGUAUUUUUCCCCUUUCCAAUCUAGGGUGAGGGUGGACACAGAGGACUUGAGGGUAACAUGGGAAGAGAUGGCGCCCGUGUAAGUUCCUCUCCCAUCUCAUUUGGUCACUUUCACAGUGAAAACAACAUCCAAUGAAUUGUUAUUCUGUCUCUAUUGUGAUUUAGUCUGACUUUGUGCCUUGUGUCUCAUUCUAGGGUGCCCCCGGACCAAGUGGACCCCCUGGACCUUCCGGUGCUAAUGGUGAAAAGGUAAACAGCCUGAAUAUCGGCUCCCUUGGCCUCAACACAUGAAAGGAUAUCUAAGGAUUAAGGAAAUACGUUGGUUCAGAUGAUGAGAAAUAUUGUGGGGCUCACUUAGGGAACAUUUGUCAACGAUUAUGCAUAUCCAAGAAAUCCAAGAUGGAGUAGGCCUAAUGUUCAUUGACCUACAGAGGAGCAAUGACGUCAAUGGCCAUUUCAAGACUCUUUGGCUCUCCACAAGUGAUCAAGAUCUGGACUGGACCAUAUUGUUGAGUGUGGUCAUUCUUAAUAUUUGGACAACAACAAAUGCCUGUCUACUCCAGACCAGAGAGAAGGACUAUGAGCACACCACCUGCCACAGCUUGUGAAGCUAGAAUCUCAACCUCCCCAUCUGCUGGGCAGUUUGCAGAUGCACACUGCCGAAGUCACAACAGCUGAUGUCAUCUCCAAAGGAUGAAAACCAGGGUCAUGUUCAGGAGGGUACACCAUAGCACCCAUAUUCUUUAUACAUUUUGCAUCGGAAAACAGAAAGUAGCUUUUCUAAUUGGACAAGCACCACCCUGUUUCAAAACGUUUUCUCCAAACGCUGUGUCUACUGGACAUGAACCUGGCAGAAACCACACUGCCUGGACACCUGCUCCAUUAUAUUCCAUCACACUUCAAACUCAUCUACCAGCAUAUGGCAGUUGAUGAUGGUAGUCAUAGUAAUAACUAUUUUGCCUUUUUUUGGAAACAAAUAGUCAAUACGCUUCAACUUAAAUACUGGACAUCCUGUGGAACUUGAAGGGCUAGGGUUGACUGAUCAAAGUUAUGCAGACUGGAUUGAUAUUUUGGAUUGAUUCAGCCCACACAUUCUCAUCUUUGCUCUCUUUUAGGGUGAGUCUGGCUCCUUCGGCCCUGCCGGACCUGCUGGUCUUCGUGGACCCAAUGUAAGUACCUACAAUAACACAUAUAACGCAUCUAUAAGACAUACAACACAUUAUAACACAUUAUAACAUGUCUACUCAUCACCCCUCAUCAAAGGAAUGAAGGACUAACAUUAUCUAGUUUUCAAAAUGUCAAUAUAGUAGUUAUGUCAGUCAACACUAUCAUGUUGUUAGGUUCUAAACAAACAGAGUAAAAACUCAAACGGACGACUAGAAAAAGCCACACAAGCAUAUAUUCAUACCUUCUGACUAGGUGGAGUCACCUCCUAGUAUGUCUAAGAUAAACAAUCUGUCUCUGUUGCUAGGCAGGAACUCAGCCUGUUCCUCUUACUGGUGUUGUCAUGGCCCUGCAUGAGUCUAGAAUCUUCAUAGGCGUGGAAGUGUGUGUGUGUGUGUGUGUGUGAGAGAUAGGACUGUAGUUAGGUGGUCUUCGGGGUGGGCCCAUUUGGCCCCCCCUCCCAGAGGUUUCUUCUCUCUUCAGCUGUUGACCUUAUCUCAAGUUGAGUUCCACAUCCCUCCUUGUCCUAGUUCUACAGCAACUGGUCUGCCUUAUCAGGAACUGAGACUAGACUGUUGCUCUUUACCUCCUUCUGUAGAAAUAUUCAUAUUCAGCAAUAACAUGUUUGAACAGACAGAAAUGUCCUGUACUGCUCCUUGUCUCACACAGUAACUUUCCGUACACAGAGUUUCUAUUCACCCUUCAUUGACUCCAACAUAUACAUUUCUUAUAGAUGUAAAGUAAUCAAUAAGUUCUUAUAUGGUGACAGGAAUAAGUCUAUUUUAAGAUAGAAUCCAACAAUGUCAUGUUAUAUCAGUGGUUAGUUGAUGCUUGAUUAUCUGUCUGGUUGGAUGGUUGGGUGGAUGUGUGAAAAUGUAUGCACUCACUAACUGUAAGUCGCUCUGGAUAAGAGCGUCUGCUAAAUGACUAAAAUGUAAAAUGUAAAUGUGUAUAUCUCUACUCUACAUGGAGGGGCUCCUCUGACCAUUUGUCCCUGUGUUCCUGCUCUGAUUUAGGGAGAGCGUGGAGAGGGUGGACCUGCUGGACCUCCCGGCUUCGCCGGACCCCCUGUAAGUACUCAUUCGGUUGAUACCCUGAAACCCCACACUAACACGUCACAUACAUGUAUGCAUCAAAAUAUAGUGAUGUUCUUUAACAUGGAGACAUAUACACACAAACUUACUCAUUCACUGACCGAUGCAUGGAAACACACACACAAACUAAUUCACUGACUGACAGACUCAUACAUACAGACCUUUACACACAUACACACACAAACAAACACACUACCUUGUGUUUCUGCAGCCUUUGUUCUGUGGGUUCUGUUCUGACCUGUGUGUGUGCAUCCCAUGCAGGGUUCUGAUGGUCAGACUGGCCCUAGAGGAGACAAGGGACCCGCUGGUGGAAAGGGAGACGUCGGCCCCGCCGGCCCUGCUGGACCUGCUGGCCAAUCUGGACCUUCUGUAAGUCACUUACUUAGUUGGUUCUCUUAAUUCCAAUGUGCAACAUAAGGCACAUUCUUACCACCUACUUCAAUGGGAAUCCACUGAAUAAUUCACACAGAGAGUUAUGUGCAGUACAUGGUCCUGUAUGGUUCAGGUGGUAGAGAAUGGUGCUUGUAACGCCAGGGUUGUGGGUUUGAUACCCGGGGCCACCCAUAUGUAAAAUGUAUGCAGGCAUGACUAAGUCGCUUUGGAUAAAAGCGUCUGCUAAAUGGCAUAUAUUACAUGAUGUACAUCCUCACUGGGAAUUAAAUCCUCUACUUGUGAAGAUGAUAAUGUAGACUUUUCUUGUCUUCCUUCCUGUGCUUGUCUAGGGUGCUAGCGGACCCGCUGGCCCUCCUGGUGGUCGUGGUGAUGCUGGACCUUCUGUAAGUACUGUCACUGAUAUCACACACACACAACGACACCCCAUCUCUCUGUGUCCCAGUGACCUUGGCUGCUUUCUAACCUUUGACCUUUGUGUGUGUUCUUUCUCUUCAGGGUCUGACCGGUUUCCCUGGUGCUGCCGGUAGAGUUGGAGGCCCCGGUCCCGCUGUAAGUGUGGCAGUAGUGUUAACGUACACUACAACACACACACAAACACACUGAGGUGCCAUUUUGUACAGAUGUAGGAUUUUAAUUUGAUUACCCUGUUGCAGGAUAACUUUUACACAUUUAAAACGUGUAGUGUGUUUGAGGUUUAAAAAGGCUUCUUAAGUUUGUAAUUUACACUUUGAAAUGUACACUUUACACAAAAAUGUCCAUUCAUAAAAAUCCACAUAAUAAUUCACAUUUCCUGUUGCUGCAGGAUUAUUUUCCUGCUGUAGCAAAUUGGCUCGAAUUAAGAUCCUACAUCUGUACUUAGAAGCAAUAUAAUGCUGGCUAGACAUCAUGUAGUUAUUCAAACCACCUUGUGUUCAUAUUUCACUCCUGUCAGUCUCUUAUCAGAGAUAACAACAUCCUGGCUGAUACUGAACAAACAUACCCAAAUACACAGACACACCUCCCACUUUUUAUCCUCAAUAACCACCUGUCCCUUCCUCUUCCCUACGCACAGGGUAUUGCUGGGCCCCCUGGCUCCGCCGGUCCCGCUGGCAAGGAUGGCCCUCGUGGUCUCCGUGGUGAUCCUGGCCCCCCUGGAUCUCAGGGAGAGCAGGGACAUGUUGGACCCGCUGGUAUCGCUGGAGACAAGGGAUCCAGUGGCGAGAGCGGUCCUCCCGUAAGUCAUCAUAACUCCGAUUGAGGCCUCUCAGUAAGCUUCUUCUCAAUAAAUAUUUAUGCUUUGGCUUUCACUAGCCUGGUCCCAGAUCUGUUUGUGCUGUUUUGCCAUAGGACCAUAGGAGCUGGCAAAAGAGCACAGCACAGAACCAAUCUGGGACCAGGCUAGCUUUUCAUUAGGUGUCAAAGAGUUUUACAUUGUUUGGGGUGCGUAACAAAACACCCCCAUUCACCACUAAUGGCGAUGGGGGAAAAGUGAUUGUGUUUCUUUCUCUGUCCUCUGCUUUUCUCCACUCUCAAAUCCUGAUCUCCUGUCCCUGUUCAGGGUGCUCCUGGUACCCCUGGACCUCAAGGUGUGCUCGGAUCCUCUGGCUUCGUUGGUCUGCCUGGUUCCCGUGGUGACAAGGGUCUUCCUGGCGGUCCUGGUGCUGUGGUGAGAACAUCACACCUUCUGUUAUUUCAAAACAUUAUUCAAACUGCCCUAGCAGACACAUCCGACCACAGAACAAAUAAAAAAGCUGAGAAAAAAUAGCUAUUUGUCAUAUUAUAUGGAAAUGAUGUUGAUCAAAUGGGCCAAAUCACAGUUCUUGAAAAUGAUAGGCUAUUCCAGACAAGUGGAGCCCAGACAACUAUAUUUGUUUGCGCUGCAAUCCAUUGAUGAGUUAUGGAUACAGUACAUAGUUGCUUACUAUGGUAUGUGUUUGUACUGUGUUGACCCUGUGAUACUCUGUGCCAUUCAGGGUGAGCCUGGUAGACUUGGACCUGCUGGUGCCUCUGGACCCCGUGGUCCCGCUGGUAACAUUGGCAUGCCCGGCAUGACUGGUACUCAGGGAGAAGCUGGACGUGAGGUAAGGAUUGAUUGAUUGAUGUGUUAAACAAGUACUCAGAGCCUGUAUUCUAGACACAUGGCCCAAUUUCUACAUUUCAGUUCACCCACAGUUCCCAUGGCAACACAAUUAACAUGCUAUUGUGUCACCCCACAGGGUAGCCCUGGCAACGAUGGACCUCCCGGCCGUCCCGGAGCUGCUGGCUUCAAGGUACAGUCCUCUCUGUCAAUUAUGCUGUAGGGGGAAGUUGCCCCUAGACGCUGAUCUGGGGUCAGUUUAGCAUUUCCCCCACGAAUGGUUAAGGUUACAAUUGGUGGAUGGGAAGCUGAUCCUAGACCUUUACCUAGGGGAAACUUCACCCUGGAGCGUAGUUUAUACCUCACAGUACUGACGACACCAUUCACCUGAGCUGAAUUCAGGUCUAAAAUGGAAACCAAUGGGGAUAAAUCCAUCUUGUAGUGGAGUGGAAAUGUUCCACUUGGCUUCCAUUUUACAGGCUUCAUCUCAGGAACAUAUUAUAUUCAUUUGAACUGACCUUCAUAUCAGUUGAAACUAUAAUGUCUUGAACUUUCAACUUUGAACCUUGAACUUUGCCCCCUCACAGGGUGACCGUGGUGAGCCUGGUUCUCCUGGAGCCCUUGGAAGCUCUGGUCAACCUGGACCCAACGGACCCUCCGGCGCCGCUGGCAGACCUGGAAACCGUGGCGAGUCUGUAAGUGCCCCCCCCCCUUCCCAAAUUGGACCCCCUGAACAGGGGUGACGAAGGGCACGUUUUACCUGGUUUCUAGAAGGAGGACGGUAGAGUCCACGUUAGCAAUGGCAUGGUUACAGUAUUUCCCCUAGCUUUCCCAUGGGAGGCUCCUACUUCAUAUACCCAUAUAACCCCUGUAACUAUUCCCCAGGUCGUAGCUGUAAAUGUAAAUGAGAAUGUGUUCUCAGCAACUUACCUGGUAAAAUAAGGAUGGAAUAAAUACUACAAUACUUAUAGAAAAAAAGCAUUCACAUGAAACAGAAACAUAACUUCUACUCUACACAGAAUAAUGGUUCCUGUGGUUCUAUCUCUUGCGUGAUGAUGUGUAUAUAUCUUCUCCCUCUCUGCCUCUCUAGGGCCCCACUGGAAAUGGUGGUCCCGUCGGUGCUGCUGGUGCACGUGGUGCCCCCGUGAGUACCCUAUCUAACCUCAUCUUGACUCGGACUGCUGAAUUAAAACUCCACUAAUCAUUUCAACUAUCAUAAUGCAUCGCCGUAGCCUAGUUGUGCCUAUACUGUAGGUCUAUAUGUGAAAUAACGCACCUCUGUAAUGGUUCUGUGUCUCCUUGUGUUGUAGGGCCCCGCUGGUCCCCGUGGAGAGAAGGGUGUGGCUGGAGAGAAGGGAGACAGAGGCAUGAAGGGUCUACGUGGACAUGGUGGUCUCCAGGGAAUGCCCGGACCUAACGUAAGUCAUGAUGACUGCUGUGACCAACACUGCUCUGACCAUCCAUCAAGAUCCAUCAAGAUCCAUUCAAUAUGAUCUAAUCUCAUAUCCUGAAAUAUCCCAUCCCAUAUACCCAAGUUUGUAUUAGCUUCCCCAAUUCAUUUAUAGACGCCUUAUAGCCACUUCACGUAAAUAUCAGAAUAAUUUACAGUAUGACAAUGUUCUUAUGCUGUAGCUACUCCUGAGCUAACCAUAUCUCUCCCCUUCAGGGACCAACUUUAGCUUCCCCUGAGCUCUCCUGUCUAACCAUAUCUCUCCCCUUCAGGGACCAACUUUAGCUUCCCCUGAGCUCUCCUGUCUAACCAUAUCUCUCCCCUUCAGGGACCAACUUUAGCUUCCCCUGAGCUCUCCUGUCUAACCAUAUCUCUCCCCUUCAGGGACCAACUUUAGCUUCCCCUGAGCUCUCCUGUCUAACCAUAUCUCUCCCCUUCAGGGACCAACUUUAGCUUCCCCUGAGCUCUCCUGUCUAACCAUAUCUCUCCCCUUCAGGGACCAACUUUAGCUUCCCCUGAGCUCUCCUGUCUAACCAUAUCUCUCCCCUACAGGGACCAUCUGGUGAGACUGGCUCUGCUGGUAUCUCUGGACCUGCUGGACCCAGAGUAAGUAACUAUUACUAUCCACAUCAAACGCUCCCUCCAUUGUAUCUUCCUCUAACUAGACAGAUAAAUGUAUUUGACACCUGUCCUUGUCCUAUCCCUCUCCUUGUCUCUAGGGUCCCGCCGGACCCCAUGGUCCCCCUGGUAAGGAUGGUAGAGCUGGAGGUCAUGGUGCUAUCGGACCUGUUGGACACCGUGGUCCCCCUGGACAUCUUGGACCCGCUGUGAGUAUAUCUAGUACUCACAUACCCGCCUCAAUCAGUCAGUCAGCCAGUCAGUCAGUCAGUGAGGCAGCCACUCAGUCAGCCAGUCAGGUAGCCAGUCAGUCAGUCAGUCAGGCAGCCACUCAGUCAGUCAGCCAGUCAGUCAGUCAGCCAAAUGCCACAGUAUUGGUGACAAAGGGGGCUGAUUGUUUAAGGUGUGAAGGCAGACACUAGCAACACAUAAUGGAUCUAAGUUGACAUAUCAUUUGCUUAAAAAGAACUUCACUGAUACAAGUUAAACCUUUAGCAUGAGAAAGUGUGAAUGAGAUGCUUCUCUACAGCAGCAGCAGCAGUGACCCACCUUACUAAGUUUGAGGUUGUUAACUCUCUUCUCUCGCCCACAGGGUCCCCCCGGCUCUCCUGGUCUUCCCGGACCCGCAGGUCCCGCUGGUGGCGGAUACGACCAGUCUGGUGGUUACGAUGAGUACAGAGCCGACCAGCCCUCUCUCAGGGCCAAGGACUAUGAGGUGGACGCCACCAUCAAGUCCCUGAACUCCCAGAUCGAGAACCUGCUCACCCCCGAGGGCUCCAAGAAGAACCCCGCCCGUACCUGCAGAGACAUCAGACUCAGCCACCCCGAAUGGAGCAGCGGUUAGUUGGUGGCACAGAAACAUCUCUGUCUCUCUUUAUUGAUUGGUUUCAGGUCACUGAGGUGCCUUAGAACCCUUACACUCUCUUAGAAAACUCUUAACCACUAAAAUCUCUAGUUCAUUCUAGUCUCAACACAGACUAACUGUAACUUUCCAUCUCUUUAUCUAUUGCCCUACAUUUCACUAUCAAUACACUCAUUGAGCGAUCAACCCCAUACAAUAGACAGUAUUAUGUUGAAUAGUAAUAAUAACCUGAAACUCAAAACGUAAACAACACCUAAACACAGCAAAACCCCAGUGAAGUAUUAAUAAUAGUGAUAACAACAUUAUCAGUUCUAAUCAAUGUCAUUCUUUCUUGUCCUCCCCUGCAGGUUUCUACUGGAUCGACCCUAACCAGGGCUGCAUCGCUGACGCCAUCAAGGCCUACUGCGACUUCUCCACCGGACACACCUGCAUCCACCCUCACCCCGAGAGCAUCGCCCGCAAAAACUGGUACAGGAGCUCUGAGAACAAGAAGCAUGUCUGGUUUGGAGAGACCAUCAACGGUGGAACUGAGGUGAGCAGACUUAAACUGUACUGAUUCUAAUGACAAGAGCGGACAGUUUGAACAUCUUAGAGGAAGAUAUAUUGAUUUGAUUGGCACACCAGUUUGAUUCUAGGCAUAUUUUAGUAGUAUAGUAUAGGCCCAUGUUAUUGGCUUACAUUCAUCUCAAGCACCCUAAACCUGAAUGUAUUGGUUCCAUUUGAAAGAGAUCAUCAGAUAUCUAUCUAUCCAAUUCUUCACCAAGGUUUUUCUCUAAAUGCUUGAGACUGCAUCUUGACACUGAUCCUGUCUUAAUUCCUCCUAUGUUGUUUCACAGUUUGCUUACAACGACGAGACCCUGAGCCCUCAGAGCAUGGCCACUCAGCUGGCCUUCAUGCGUCUCCUGGCCAACCAGGCCACCCAGAACAUCACGUACCACUGCAAGAACAGCGUGGCGUACAUGGACGGAGAGAACGGCAACCUGAAGAAGGCUGUGCUCCUGCAGGGUUCCAACGACGUGGAGCUGAGGGCCGAGGGCAACAGCCGCUUCACUUUCAACGUUCUGGAGGAUGGCUGCACUGUAAGUCCCCUUUUUAUUUACACCGCAAUGUCUGGAACAAUAGCUUUGUUCGUUCUCUCUCUGUGUUCACUCCCACAAGUAGAUGCAGUGCAUGGUGGAAGGGUGAACUCAGGCUCAGGGAAGUUUUCUGUAACUUCCUGGUUAGUGAAAGAGUUUGGGAACCUGACUCUUUAUUUAAAGUAUCAUAGGCUACUACUGUAGGGUAUUAUUGUACGUUUUCAAGAUAUGAUAUACUGAGUGCACUAUUCUGAUACAUGGUUUCUCCUUUUGUCCUACCUCUGCAGAGACACACUGGCCAGUGGAGCAAGACAGUCAUUGAAUACAGAACAAAUAAACCAUCUCGCCUGCCCAUCCUCGACAUUGCACCUUUGGACAUUGGUGGAGCUGAUCAAGAGUUUGGUUUGGACAUUGGCCCAGUCUGUUUCAAAUAA